ACCAUUAUGUCUGCUAAGCGUUCCUGUCUUGACGUAUUUGGUACACACACACACACACACACACACACACACACACAUACUUCUUUGUUUUUUUUGUUUUGUUUCCCACUUUUUUAUUUAUUUUUCUAUUAUCAGCUUGGUACAGUAUAAAUUCCUAUCCUAAUUGUGAAAUGUUACAUUGCGGCUUGCCCAGUAAUUAAGUAAAACCAAAACUUACUAUAAGCCACAGUCUACACGCUUCUUUGUUAAAGCAACAUAUAUAAAACAAAUAUAACAUUGUUUAUAAGUAACCUAUACAUUAUGGGUGAUGAUUUUGUUUUGUUUGAGGAAAUAGCUUCUAUAAUUCAUGAAACCCACCAGCAUGGAAUUGAAAUACCUUUACAUGUGUUCGCUAAAACUAUAUAGUUGGGGUGGGGUGGGGCAGAGAAAUGGCUCAGCAGUUAAGAGAGCCAAACUGCCCUUGCAGAGCACCUGAGUCCAGUUCCCAAAGCUUACAUCAGGUGCCUCCGGAUCACAGCCACUUGUAACUCCAGCUCCAGGGUAAUCUGUCUCUUCUGGCCUCCACAGGCACCCAAACACGUGCACAUACCCACACACAGGUACAUAGACAAUGUGUACAUGUAUGACUGCCAGGUAGGAGGUAUCUGACCACUGGCAGAUCCGUGAGUCUGUUGGCCUUGCUGGGCCAUGGUUUGAAGCUGCCUCUGUCCCCUUUGGUCAGUGUAUUACUCUUCCCUCUGUACCACCUGACACUGUGGGCUCCCAACCCUGGGGCUCCCAAUAAUGCAGUAAGGAACCACAGUGUCAGGGACUGGUUACCAGGGUACCGCCCCUUGUCAAGUUUCUAAUACAGUGUCUUUCAUGUUAGGCUUUUAAACUGGAAAACUGUCUUGGCUCCUCGGAUGCUGUCUUCUUGCUUAGUCUUUGUCCUUCUGGCUGGUAGCCAAACAGUUGUGGCCGUUGUUAUAAAAAGAAUGGAGGGUUUCCUUGAAGAGGCUUUCUCACAAAGGCUCUGGGGUUCCCACCAUGGGGACAGCAGCCUCAGCACUGUGUCCUACAGUAACCCCAGAGGAGUCAGCACAGCUUCUCAGAGAGACACAGGCAUCCUACAUCAGUCAGGAAGCUGCUGUCCAGUCAUGGAGGGAGAGGAGAAGCCAGCUCAAGAGGCUGAUACGGAACCCGUGGUGACAUCAGGGGCCUCGGAAGCAGUGCCAAGGGUGCUUUCUGGAGACCCUCAAAACAUCUCUGAUGUGGACGCCUUCAACUUGCUCCUGGAGAUGAAGCUGAAGAGACGGCGUGAGCGGCCCAACCUUCCACGCACUGUGACCCAGCUGGUGGCUGAGGAUGGGAGCAAGGUGUAUGUGGUGGGCACUGCUCACUUCAGUGACGACAGCAAGCGGGAUGUAGUGAAGACUAUCCGGGAGGUGCAGCCCGAUGUGGUAGUUGUGGAACUCUGUCAGUACCGUGUGUCCAUGCUGAAGAUGGACGAGAGAACGCUGCUACGAGAGGCCAAGGAGGUCAGCCUGGAGAAGCUCCACCAGGCUGUCAGGCAGAAUGGGCUCAUGUCUGGACUCAUGCAGAUGUUGCUGCUGAAGGUGUCUGCCCACAUCACUGAGCAGCUGGGCAUGGCCCCUGGUGGCGAGUUCAGGGAAGCCUUCAAGGAGGCUAGCAAGGUACCAUUCUGCAAAUUCCACCUGGGUGACCGGCCCAUCCCCGUCACCUUUAAGAGGGCCAUUGCUGCACUCUCCUUCUGGCAGAAGGUCAAGCUGGCCUGGGGCCUGUGCUUCCUGUCAGACCCAAUCAGCAAAGAUGAUGUGGAGCGUUGCAAGCAGAAGGACCUAUUGGAGCAGAUGAUGGCAGAGAUGAUUGGGGAGUUUCCUGACUUGCACCGAACCAUUGUUUCAGAGCGUGAUGUCUAUUUGACUUACAUGCUGCGGCAGGCUGCAAGGCGCCUUGAGCUUCCCCGCGCCUCUGAUGGUGAUGGACAGACCAGGGUGGGAACUCCCCAAAAUACUAGUUCUGUGCCUGCCACUGACUUUCACCCUCCCCUGACAGCUGAGCCCAGGAAGUGCGUCCCAUCUGUGGUUGUGGGUGUUGUUGGCAUGGGUCAUGUGCCUGGCAUUGAGAAGAACUGGAGCACCGACCUCAACAUCCAGGAGAUCAUGACAGUUCCCCCUCCAUCCAUCUCGGGCAGAGUGUCCCGGGUGGCCGUGAAGGCUGCCUUCUUUGGCCUGCUGGGCUACAGUCUGUACUGGAUGGGCCGUCGAACCAUGAACCUGGUCCUAUCACUGCCUGCUGCGCAGUUCUGCCUCCAGAGGGUGAGCGAGGCCCGGCCAGGCCGAUAGGAGGACCAUGCAAACGAGAGACCACACCCAGGGGCUCUUCUCCUCUGCAUCACAUCUGGUGCUCCCGAGGAGCUGUCGCCACCUGUCUGGAGAUGUCCCUGGGUGCAGAUACAUCCAAGCCACCCCCUAUGGGGGCCUAGGCCAGGCUUAUCCUACCUUCCCCAUGCCCAGCCCACCCAAAUAAAGAAUAUUUAACUGUCUGAGCUCAGGCUUCCCAGCAGCCCCCCACACACACUGUAGGGGCCACCCAUGGGCGUCAGGGCCGUCCACAGUGUCAGGACCCAGCGGCCUAAUUCCAAAAGGGCCAGAAGCUGAGGGAAGGCACUGAGGUGCCCCACACCUAACCCCAGGGUGGGCCUGGCAAGCUGUUGCUCUACCUACCUCACUGUGCCUUGUGCUCUGGCCGGCAGGAGCAUCUGGCCCCGAGUGCAUCUCACUGUGGGUUUGGGGCCGGCAAGUUUGGGGAGCUGGGUGUCCAUGCAGCUCUUUCCUGUAGGUGUGUAGGGCCUUUGGCUGGCCUAGACAUGCAUGUGGCAUUGCCAGCUGUCUCUACCUGCAGAGAGUCUGUGGUUUGGUUUUUUGUUUUUUAUUGUCAAAAAGGUUUUACUCAGGUAAUUUUGACAUCAAAGAAAAAACAAACUGAAGCAAAUAUCAGGAAAUACAAGCCUUAAAUCCAGCGAGGACAAAGAAGUCUUUUUAUUUGUAUUUGUGUGCCCCGAGUGGGCAGUGUAUGUCAGAGAGUCAGCUGGGGGUCCAGGGUAGCCCCUGCUCGACUCUACUACAGCUCAGUGUGGCAUUGGGCUGCCUCAAGUAUCAGCCUGCUUCCCUGGCUGCCCUUGGUGCUGGGAGGGGCUUGACCUGAUUCCUGUGCAUUAGGUGGGAUGCCCAAACUGGACAGUAGUGGACCCACUAUGGGCCACAAACCUAAGGCCAUGGUUGGCUUGUGCACACCAGCCAUUCAUGUGUACAGGCUGUGGCUCCUGACAUACUGCACAGCCUGGCAAGACCAAGACCUCUCUGAAUAUCCUUGUGUUGAUUGCCAAAUCAGGUGAAACACUGAGCUGGGCAGGGGAUACAGGGCUGGUUGGGCUGUGUACUUCUGUCUCACACUCGUGGAUUCAUUCCCUAGAAAGAGAAAUAAAUUUUAAUUUUGGAAGCUCC